GCGCGGUUUUCUUGGUCACGUGGCAUGUGAAUUUUCGCGCGGUUUAAAUAGUUUGUUGUAGUCAGCCUUAAAUUUCUUCGAAUUUACAACGAAUCAUCUGUCGUUUGAUCACUUAAUCGGGAUCCUAUUCUUGUGAAUCCGACUAAACUGUGUAAGAUUCUCCAGCCAAACCGAUAAAGAUAGAUUAUGUCUUCACCCACCAGUACCCCAGGAUCGCAACGGAGCAGGAGGGGUCGAAGCCAGGAACCUAACAGCCCUGAGGAGGGAAUGGCAACGCCUUCGAAGUCGCCCAACCCCAAUGCUGCCACACCCAAAAGCGGACAGAAGAGGAAGCAGGGUGAUGAAACACCCCGUUCUGCUCGGAGACGUCGUCUGGAUGCAUCACCUGCUGAGGACCUAAUUCCCCUUCCUUCAUCUUCCUCACCACAUCCAGCUGCUGGAAAUGCUGGCGGUGAACCCGAUAUAUCUUUCACAUCAAGUCCUGCCAAUAUCCGAACAGGUGGCUUCAAUACUAGUGAGCUGGACUUGUGGUCUCCUGUGAACUAUGGUUUCCCAGCCACCCCUAAGACACCUGGACUUGGAAGCACCCCCAUACGUCAUCGGUCAGACAUUCGAAGUGACCGCAGAAUGAAACAAGUGGACAUUGGUGGUUCGGAUGCUGUGGAUGGUGGAGUCCCAAGCAGUGAAAUCAGUGCUUAUGGCCCCCAGAUGGUGAUAUGGGGCACGGAUGUUGUUAUAAACCAUUGCAAGGAGAAGCUUAAGCGUUUUGUGUGUCGUUAUAUGGAUGAGGAUGUUGCUGAAGAUGAGGUCUUCGAUGGAAUUGACCCGAAAAAGCCAUAUUAUUUGCAACGACUGCAAGAAAUUGGUGUUUCUGGUGACCCAUUCCUCUGCAUCAACUGCGCUCACCUCAAGAAAUUCGACGCCGACUUCUACCGGCAGAUGAUCUGCUACCCCCAGGAAGUGGUGCCGAUCUGUGACAUGGCCAUCAACGAGAUGUUCUUUGAAAGAUUCCCAGACACAAUUCUUGAACAUCAGAUCCAGGUCCGACCAUACAAUGCUGAAAAGACCAAGUAUAUGAGGUCUUUGAACCCAGAAGAUAUCGACAUGUUGGUCACCAUAUCCGGCAUGGUGAUCCGUAUGUCUUCGCUGAUCCCAGAAAUGAGGGAAGCUUUCUUCAAAUGCAACAUCUGCGGAAAUGGUACAUCUGUUGAGAUCGACCGAGGUCGUAUUGCUGAACCCAACCGCUGUACCGACUGCGAGUCAAAGCAUUCCUUCGCCCUGGUGCACAACCGUUCACAUUUCUCAGACAAACAGAUGAUCAAACUUCAAGAAUCUCCAGAGGACAUGCCACGAGGUCAGACGCCGCACACCAUAUUACUCUACGCCUACAAUGACCUCAUUGACAAAGUCCAGCCUGGAGAUCGCAUCACGGUGACUGGCAUCUACCGUGCCAUGCCACGCCGUGUCAACCCACGUCAGAGCAACAUUAAGGCCAUCUACAAGACACACAUAGACAUUGUCCACUUUCGAACCGUUGACACCAAAAGACUGCACAUGGAUGGCGGAGAUAAAAGCAAAUUUGGUUUGAGUGAUACGAGGAUUGAAGAAUUAAAGAGACUCUCCGAAACUCCUGAUAUUUACGAACGCUUGGCCGAAGCUAUCGCUUUAUUUAGGUCUGAAGUGAAUGUCCUUCUGUGUGGUGAUCCUGGCACAAGCAAGUCUCAACUGCUCCAGUAUGUACACAAUUUGGUCCCUCGAGGACAGUACACAUCCGGGAAAGGAUCCAGUGCAGUUGGUCUUACUGCUUACAUCACUCGGGACCCAGAGACCAAGCAGUUUGUGUUGCAGACUGGUGCUUUAGUUCUCAGUGAUGGCGGUGUCUGCUGUAUUGAUGAAUUUGACAAAAUGAAUGAUAGUACCAGAUCCAUACUUCAUGAAGUUAUGGAACAACAAACGCUAUCCAUUGCCAAAGCUGGCAUUGUCUGCACCCUAAAUGCCCGGACAUCGAUUCUUGCUGCUGCCAAUCCCGUGGAAUCUCAAUGGAACAAGAAUAAGACCAUAACUGAAAACAUAAUGUUACCUCACACCUUGCUCUCCAGAUUCGACCUCAUCUUCCUCCUCCUUGACCCUCAAGACGAGAUGUUUGACCGGCGCCUCGCUGCCCACUUGGUCUCCCUCUACUUCCAGAGUAAAGAAGACACUGAAGGAGAAGUUAUGGACACGGGUAUUUUACGUGAUUACGUCGCUUACGCCAAGAGUUACUUUGAUCCAAAAAUUAGCGAGGAGGCUGGCCAGUCUUUCAUCCAAGGCUAUGUGGACAUGCGCAAAGUGGGGAGUUGUCGUGGCCAGGUAUCGGCGUACCCUCGACAACUGGAGUCUCUCAUCCGAUUGGCCGAGGCACAUGCGAAAAUGAGGUUCUCCAAUGUUGUGGAAGUCCCUGAUGUUGAAGAAGCAAAGAGGUUGUACAAAGAAGCGUUGAAACAAGCAGCAGUGGACCCGUCGACAGGGAAGAUAGACGUCUCCAUUCUGACAACGGGAAUCAGUGGUGCAGCGAGGAAGAGGAGGGACGAGAUCAAACAGAGCCUGAAGAAGCACAUCAAAGAAAAAGGAAAGACCCCAACAUUUCAAUAUCAGAAACUGCUGGAAGAAUUCCGAGAGGGAUCAGAAGUUCCUAUCACCAAAGAACUAUUUGAAGAUGCCCUCAGAGACCUACAAGACGAAGACUUCCUGGUCGCCACAAACCGUCUCAUACGUCUUUGCCAGUAAACGACACCCAUUCCAGACGUCGUUCUUCUUGGCAUUCCUGAAGGUUUUUCAUUUGCAUUAACAGUGAUUUUUCUGUGAUUAACGAUUGACUGGUUUUUUGUUAAUAUGAGCAAAAAGAAAAAAAAAGAAAAAUGUCCAGAUAAAAAAAAAAAAUAAUAAAUUCCCUUUGUAUUUGUCCUAUCAAAAAACCCAUUAUUUUAUGUCCUGGGUAAAGUCACACUUCAUUCGUUUAUCUAUGUCCAGAUAAAAAAAAUUAACCUCGUUUGUGUAUAUAUGUCUAGUAAGAACACUCAUUGUAUAUAAUUAGGUUAGGACAAAAGUGUAUCAUUUUUUAAGUAGAAUACAUAAAAUGAUAUUUAGAUAUUUGUACAUAUGACAACCACAUAUGAGGGGUUUCCUAAAAGAAACCAGAAAUUUGCAAUAUUUGCCUUCAAAAUAUUCUUUACUUGAAGCAACGCAUCAGUCCAGAUGCAUUUCCCACUAUUUGGAAGCAGUGCUGGAACUCUUGAAAAGCGAUCCCUUUUAACGCCUUCGCCUUUUUCUUCACCUCUUCCACAUCUGCAAAUUGCAUAGCACCAGCUUUCAUCACCAGUGAUAACCUUUGAAGAAGGGCCUGGAAUCAACUCCCACCUGUUCUUUCGGGUCGUGAUUGCUUUUGAUUUUUCAUAAGCAAAGCAAAUCACAAAUUAUGCUGAAACCCUUUACAUUCGCAAUUCCUCACUUAAAAUUUGUUAGCUGGAGCUCCAAGACACACUUGGCGAUGUUCCUCCGUGAUCAGUUCACGAAUUCUCAUGAUGUUUCCAUUCGUUUUGGAAGUUGACGGUCGCCCUGACUAAGGUUGGUUUUUUAUUGUGACAAGUGACCAUUCCUAUGGCGUAAACUGGUGUUUUGCUCACGGCAGUGUCCUUAUAAGCCGUUUGAAGCCUGAUAACUGUUUUUGGCUGCUGUUCUCCCCAGCAGGAAACAGAAAUUCUUGGAAACAUGCUGUUUCUUCGUAUCCGGCAUCAAAAUAAUUGACGAACAGGGAAGAAGCAGUUCAAAACAAAGGCACACCGUGUGGCAGUUUGACUUCGCCUGACGCUGCUGGCCGGCAGACUGAUGCCUGACGGUUGCAUCAAGUGGCUUCUAGCAGCAGAAGACUAAACUACUACGGGCUUAUCCCACAGAGCAAAUUUCUGGUUACUUUUGGGUACCUCCUCCAUAUGUCCCAUUUUGUUCCCACUACCUUUUGCCAACUUUGAGACAGCUUCAUGAUUCUUAACUCACAGAACUUGGCCUCUUCCUUGGUCAUGAACUGCUCUAAAUGGAUUUUGCGGUCUUCCGAAGAAUUGAAGUUCUUCUCAUUGUCAGAAUUUUGUAAGGAUCAAUACAAUGGUUAUCCGAAGGUGUAUGGUGUGCGUGGUAGGAUAUCCCAGACAGAUUAGCUAUACCAAUUUCUGUUGGAUCUGCAAGGAGAUAUUCCGGACAUAUUUCUUCAAAGGAAACCAAGGUCUAGUGUUCUUCCUGAAGGAAGACAGCAUUCUACCAAUUGGUCAAUUCCGGACAUAUUCCUUCGACUGCUUCAUUUAGCCAGUCUACUAGGGGACAAUUAUUGACUGAAAUUCAACACCUGACUUUAUAAAAAUUUUCACUCUUAAAUCUUGCAAACCAGUCAUGAACUGUUCUCUUAGCUAUGGCACCAUUUCUGUAAGCUGCAUGUAUUUUUUUUUACUGUUUGUACAGCACUUUUUUCCUUGAUCAUAAUAAAAGAGUAUCAAACAAUACAAAUUUA